AUGUUCGUUUCAUAAUAAAAAGUGUUAGAAAGUAAUCCUAAGUGAUAUUUAUUGUAGAGUGCAUACUUGAGAUUACAAAGAAAGCAUAUGGAGAUUAGAUAGAAACUGAGAAUAGAGGGGCAUUUCUGAAUAGAAUAAAGGAAAUUACAUUGGAAGUGUUUUAACUUAAAUACAGUGAGGAGGUUUUAUUAUUAUAACAAGAGAUGAGAUAGUAAUAACAAAAUUUUGAAAAAACAUAGUUAGAAUAAUAAGAGAGAGAAUAAUAGUUAAUUAUGAAUAUAGAACAGAAAUUGUAAGAACAAUAAAUACAACAGUUAAAAGAAUUAAAUAGUCUUUAAGAAAUGUAUGAUGAGUAAAAUCAGUUUAAUUAGAAGUUAUCAUUAACUUUAGAUAGAGUGAGUAGAUAAAAUAAUGAGUUCAUUUAAUUAAAUAGUGAAUUGACUAAGGAGAAUUCGAAUUUGAAGGAGUCAAUUAAUAAAAUUGAAUAGCAAUUAAAAUUUAAAAACUUAGAAGUCUUGGAAGUUAAAUAAAAAUUUGAAUAAUAGUUAAGUUCAAAUAAUGUAAUUGAAUAACAAUAUAAGACAAUGAAACAAGAGAUGGAAAAAGUAAUAAAGGAAUAGUAAAGGAAGAAUUAAUCUGUAAUUGAUGAGAGUAUUAUUUUUGAGAAUGAAGUUUAGAGGUUGAAAUAGGAGAAUGAAUAAUUGAAAACAAAGAAACAUUAAGAUUCUCAAAAGUACAAGGAUGCUUUAGAAUAAUUAAAAGAGAAGAGUUGUAAUAAAAUAAGAGAAUACAAAUAGAAACUUAAGGAAAUGCAUAAUAAGGAUUUGUUUAUAGUGGAACUAUAAGAAUAAAUCAAAGAAUUAGAGGAACACAUAGAAUUUCAAUCAACAUAACACAGAUAAGCAAUUAAAAGUUUAGAAAUAUAAUAUAAAAAGUAAUUUUAGAAUUUGGAAGAGAAUAAGGAGUAGGAGAAAAUAGUAAUUUAAUAAAAUUUAACUUAAAGUUUAGAAACUACAAUAAAUGAUAAAGAUAGAGAAAUAUUAAUUUUGUUUUCUGAAGCAAAGUAGUUGAGAUAAUCAUUAUAGACUGAGUAGGAUAUGAAAUAGUAAAGUAUAAAAAACUUGAAUGAUUAGAUCAAAUAAUUAAAUUAAUAGAUUAAUGAAUUGAAUAAUCGUAUAUAAGAGUAUUAGACAAAAAUAUAGUAUUUGGAUUAAGAAUUGAUAAAGAAAGAUUAGCAUAAAAAGAUGUUGUUGAAUGAUAUAGAUGAAUUAAGAUAAUUUUCUGAAUAAACAUUGAAUACUUUAAGAGAGAACUAAGAUUAUUUAAGUGAAUUGGAAAGGGAAAAGUAAUAGUAGCACGAGAUAAUAGAAAAUAUUCAGAAUUAGUUAGAAAUUUAAAUUUAAGGUUCAUUUUCUUAUAAAAGAUUAGGAUAGGAGUUAGAAUAAAAAUGUAAAUUAUUAAAAUAAGAACAUUGUUUGAUGUUGGAAGAAUAAUUGAAAAGAGAAGCAUAAUUUCAAUAGGAAAUAGAUAAUUUAAAUAAUGAGAAGUUAUAAAAUAUGGUUGAUUUUGAAAAUUAAUAGAAUAAAUUAAAGCUUGAAUUUAAAUUAUAAUAUGAUGAAUCAAAAAGACAAUAUAAUUAAUUAGAAAGGGAAUCAUAAUUAAUGAGUGAGUAGAUUGAAAGUUUAGAAAACUAACAUAAAGAAUUAAUUUAAGAUUUAGAGUCCUAUAUAUCAUAAUAUACUAAUGCUCUAUCUUUGAUUGAAGAAUUCAAAAAUAAAGAAAGAGAUUAGCUUGAAACUUAAAACAGAAAUUAGAAUAUUUUGAAUAAAGAACAAUAAUAACUUUAAUAAUAAUUGGAAGAUAAAAAUAUAAAAUUAAAGUAAUUUAAAUAAUAAGCAAUGAGAUUAAUUAGUUAAUAGAAGGACAAAAUAAAAUAAUACUUAAUUGAGAUUAAAUAGCAUAUUUAAAGAAACCUUAAAAAUGUUUAGGCUGAUCUUAAGGAGUUCUUAUAGAUUUAAUUAAAAAAAAUCAUUUAGGUAUUUAUGAUUAUAUUUAUAUUGAAGUUUUCUAAUUAAGAAGUGUAAUUGGAAAAGCAAAAUCAUGAAUUUAUUUAGAAAGAACUUGAAAUAUAAUUUGACAGAAGAGUUGAAUAAAUCAAAAGAGAUUACAAAUUGAUUUAAGAUGAGUCAGAUGUUAUUAUAAAAUAAAAGAUUCAGUAAAUAUAUUAACAGGAUUAAUCUAUUAAUGAUUAAAAGAAGCAAUUAUAAUUUAAAAUUUAAGAAUGUGAUCACUUACAACAAUAGUUAUAAGUAUCUGAUUAGUUAUACAAAGAGUUUUAAAAAAAAGUAGAAAUGGAGAAAAUGUAUUCUUAAAAGACAAUUUCUGAAUUAUAAGAAGAAUUGUAAUUAAUAUUCAAUAAAUUAUAGAACACAAAUUUAAUAAACAGUAGAUUUAACUUUGAAAGAGAGAUAAUACUUUGAAUAAAGAUAUAAUGAUUUUAAAAUGAUGUCAGAAAGAAAGUUGGAUUAGAUUUCAUAAGAUUAUUAGUAGUAAAUUCAUUAAUUAGAAUUUUUGGUUUAAAAAAAUGAAAAAAUAGAUUCAUCACCUGUCUUCCAUAAGUAUUCUUUAUCUUCAAGCUCUGGAUUUCAUCGAUCUCCAAAUAUGAUGAAAUAAUAAUGUAAAAAAAGUUUAUUAAUAUAGAUAUUUAUUAAAAACUACCAAAUUAUGGAUCUCCUACUUUAAGAACACCUAAUAAAUCUCCAAUAAAUGAAAGAGCAGAUAAAACUAUAGAGGAAUUAAGGGUUGAAAUUCAUUCGCAAAAAGAAAAGCUUUCUAGAAUGAAACUCAACUUUACAGAAUCUCAGAAGAAAUCCAAAAUUUCAACAAAAUAUUGA